AUGGAUUGGGGCACGCUACAGACUAUCCUGGGGGGUGUCAACAAACACUCCACCAGCAUCGGGAAAAUCUGGCUCACCGUCCUGUUCAUUUUCCGCAUCAUGAUCCUGGUGGUAGCUGCAAAAGAGGUGUGGGGAGAUGAGCAAGCCGAUUUUGUUUGCAACACUCUCCAGCCUGGAUGCAAGAAUGUGUGCUACGACCACUACUUCCCCAUCUCUCACAUCCGGCUCUGGGCCCUGCAGCUGAUCUUCGUGUCCACCCCAGCCCUCCUGGUAGCCAUGCACGUGGCCUACAGGAGACAUGAAAAGAAACGGAAGUUCAUGAAGGGAGAGAUAAAGAAUGAGUUUAAGGACAUUGAAGAGAUCAAAACCCAGAAGGUCCGUAUCGAAGGCUCCCUGUGGUGGACCUACACCACCAGCAUCUUCUUCCGGGUCAUCUUCGAAGCUGUCUUCAUGUAUGUCUUUUACAUCAUGUACAACGGCUUCUUCAUGCAGCGUCUGGUGAAAUGCAAUGCUUGGCCUUGUCCCAAUACAGUGGACUGCUUCAUUUCCAGGCCCACAGAAAAGACUGUCUUCACGGUGUUCAUGAUUGCUGUGUCUGCAAUUUGCAUCCUGCUAAAUAUCACAGAAUUGUGCUAUUUGUUCAUUAGAUUUUGUUCAGGAAAGUCAAAAAGACCAGUUUAA